CAAGCACUUGUAGUGCCAUUACUUUCGCCGUCUGUCUUGAACCUUUUACCACUUCCACCCUCAUACAAAGAUAAUGUUACAAAUCAACAAUAUGUUAAAGAAAUUGAACGAAAACAACCACCCAACAUAAACUGUUGCACUGAUGCUUCAAAUUCCAAAAACAUUCGUACAUCAUACAUUCGAAAUUCAUCUACAAUAUUACCAAACAUCAUAAUAUCCUCACCGCCAGAAAUGUCAAUUGCAGAAAAAAGACCUAGUCGUGUUGUUGGGAAAUCCAAGUUUAUAGCUGCUUGA